AUGGAACGACAGGUUUCGCAUGAAAUGAUAAAAAUAGUGGCUCAAGAUACAGUAAAACUGAUGAAAGAUGGACUCAGUUUUGUCAAAGAGCCUCCCCAAGAGAUAAAGAUAGAGUGUCCAAUAUGUCUCCAUGUAAUGGAGGAGCCUAACCUCACUAGUUGCUGUGGAAUUCAUUAUUGUGAAGGCUGCAUAAAGAAAGCACUUGUUGAAAAAGGCUCAUGCCCCAACUGUCAAUCAGACUCGUGCCAUACAUUCCUUAAUAAAGACAGGCAGAGGAUUAUACAAAGACUCAAUGUGUACUGCAUUAAUACUGACUGUAGUUGGAGUGGAGAUUUAAAAGAUCUUCUGCAGCAUGUGAACAAGGGUAGAAGAGAAGGAGAAUGUGGAUACGAAAUGGUAAAGUGUCGCUGUGAUGGAUGCACACAUGAAGGAAGAAGAAUCGACUUGGAUCCUCAUGAAAGAGAUGAGUGCUUACAAAGACCCCAUACCUGUAAAUACUGCAAUAAGUACAACAGUACUUUUCAUGAUGUCACCACCAACCACUACAAUUACUGUGAAAUGUACCCCAUUACCUGUCCUAAUGGCUGCACAACACAAAGACAACUAACUCGUGGUACAGUGCAAGGACAUGUACGAGUCUGUCCACUGGAAAUUGUUACGUGUGAAUUUGAGUGGACAGGAUGUGAGGAGAGAUUCCCACGCAAAGAAAUGAAAGAGCACUGCAAUGAUAUGCUCAUUGAACACAUGUCUCUACUGGCAGUCGCUUGCAGUAAGCUGAAGGAUGAGAAUGAGAAGCUAAAGAAAAGAUGUGAUGCUUUAGAGAAGAGGAGCAAGUCCAGCUACUUGCUAUCAAGAGGAAUAAACCAGCAGCCAUCAGGGACCCCUCUUACACUUCAAGUCCCUUCAUUAUGA